AUGUCUUCAGGUCCGAGUUUUUUCGAGGACGCACACAGGAUGAACUUCUCCGGCGGCCAGUCAUUCACAAACGCAAAUAACAUCAUCAAUAAUUACAACUAUCCAGCACGCGCGGACCUUGAGCUUGAACCCGGAUCCUCGACUUCUCGGCGGAAUGACGACCAAUGGCUUACUUGGCGUAGCGGUCAAAGACUCAGACGGAUAGACAUGUGCGAUAUCAACGUGUUGCACGAAGUGUCCUCAGAGACGCAUCGUGUGUCAGUCGAACUGAAGUCUACGAACCCAUUUCGGAACAGGAUGAGAGGAGUUGUGAGAAUCCGGAAAAGGAUUCAAAGUGCGGAAAUUGUUCCUGGGUUUGGGGGUCAACGAUUUUCAGUCGUGUCACUUGAACCCAAGGACGAUAGAGAUAUCGAGAAGAUAUGGACACUACUAGAGCAAUAUUAUGAAGUUGCUUUGUCUCGACGUCGAGUUUGGCUUGCACAACUCUUCGGAGUGGGUCAGUCAUUGACACCAACACUGAUAUACCACGAUGAGCUUGUCGAUGGGGAGGCUAUUUCAAGGCAAUACUCGGAAGCACCGAUUUUUAAAUCUGUUAUCGACGUGGAUGCAGAUGAGACUCUGCGGAAGUUGCCAAUUCGAUUUGACAUCGUAACCUCGGCAUUCUCCGAAGAAUACAAAACUGAUGAUUUUCAUUGGCUACCACUUCUGCCCGAUUGCAAUCCCCUGCUCGAUUCCCGCGAGAUCAUCCGCGUUCUUCCAAACUUCUUACAGGUGAUUUCAUAUGGAGGAGAUUACAGAGACUCCUUCCACUCCGUACAUGACGUCCUAACAUUCGGCACUGUUAUUGAUCUCAGAAAACCCGGAAUCCUAGCGUACUUUCCUUCCAUCUCGCCUCCUGUGUGGUCCUGUCAAUCUAAAACUCUGGACAUUGUUCCCAAGUAUUCAAAUUCAGUCGCUUCGCUGGUUGAUCUCACUUUCGUGAAGAAUAACAGUAAAAGCAAAUGGAAAUUGGACGUUGAGUUCUCAUUACGACUACCAACAGAGGAUUUCCACCAACUCCAGACUGCCUUCCUCGUACAGUCAUUUCCCUUAUGCAAAGAUCGUGCCACUGAUUCCGAAGCCUUGGCGUUCAUCGAUGAACUUGGCUUCCAACUCAGUGGGACCUUCACGUCUGAUCCGUCACGUUGCGAUCCUCCAAAAUACCUACAUGUCCCCCCCCAUUCCCCUGAAUGGGUCGAUAAUUUAUCCUGCUUUCGCUGGCGAUCAAACACCCGAUUGUUUUAUUGGUCCUUUGACCGUGGUGGACGGAUGACGAUUGAAGAAGAGGACUGGGAGGAGUAUGGAAUCCCAUACUUGGAAGCAAAGCCAAACUUCGGGUCAACGUGGUAUAAGAAGGUGUAUGAGGCAGUUCAUGAGUAUCUUCAUCUUACCGAGUAUGAUGUGGAUGGUCAACAGUUUGCCAGUGAUCAUAGGCAGCCGAUUCUUGUUAUAGGUGACCCUCACAUCCAGCCAAGAUCAGGAAUGGUAUCAUUGGUAGGAGAGAAUAUGCCAAUUGAAAGAAAGAAAGGGAAGGACAAACAAUUGAAAGCCCAGGAACUGAAUUCCCAGGUUGAUGUCCAAGCUGGUCGUAUCGGACAAGCAUCCGUAGUCGAGAUUUCAGAUUGA